UGGUCUUGUUUUGUGUAUUGACGUUUUCACCUCCGCGAUGGCUUGCAUACGGCAGCUGAAGAAAAACCCUUGGUGAUGCUUAGUGAAUAUUAUAAUGUAAUUAAUGAAGAGUGAAAUUUAACAUAGGAAUCGAGGUGUUUUUAAAUGAUGAAUAUGUACACGUGUGUGGAGAGUGUUAGGAGAGCAGUGUGCUUUGUGCUGGUGCCACCACCCGCUCUCCUACUACUGCUAGUCUCCUCAGUAGUCCAGCUCGGCGUUCCUACAAUAUCGCCGUUCCUCUUGCCUCGUAACACCGUUAAACUGUUGGAGUUUGAAACUAUACUCUGCCACACCCCAAAUAAUCAUCUGUUAUUUACAGUAAAGUUUAAUAUGACGGAAUUUAAUAGAACAGAGUGUUCGGUCUUCAAGCAUUAUUCAGUGAACGUUAGGGAGUCACUGGGCAGGAACCCUGAGUUACGGGACUCCUCAGGCCGACAGUGGUACAAUUUGAGUUACACCAAAGAUGUAAAAACACUCAGGAUUUACAUAACAGGCAAAACGACUCUUCAUACGUCGUGGAGGAGGGCGCCGCUGGAGGAGUGUAGCCGGAAUACUCUAAUCUUCAGGUUCCCUCACCCAGAAACUAAUCUGGCUAGAUAUUCCAAAAACAAGACUUUCUCAACCUCGACAAAGAGGAACAAACCCCCCUAUAAUGGUUUAGAUCUUUAUAGAGAUCUCAUGAAGGAAAUAAUGAAGAACAAGCACCCAGAGCAUCACUUCCCGACCAGUGUUGUGUUCCCUUAUGCCUUGGGCAGCAUCUUCGGGUUCGCGGUUUACGUGCGCUGUUGUUUAUAUAGUCAUAAAAGUAAGGUGGUGGAGCGUGUGAGGACUGUCACUAUCACCAGGAGGAUACCCAUACUAGAUUCUGGCAGCAGCUCGCCUUCACACACCGAUCACCAACAGUACCACCAUCCCCAUCAACAGUGUCACCAUCAACAAGACUUACCACCAUCCUAUGAUGAUAUCUGUCUUGAGGAACUACCGCCAUCCUUCUCCGAGGUUCAGGCUGCACAAUGUGACAAUAGUUCAUUACGAAUACCUGAUGAAGAGCGGGGCCAGCAACAGUAAGGAAUACAAGACGGGUCCAACGUGAGGAGACUGUGAGGGUGUUCGCUGCUACAAGUGAUGCAAUACAACAAUUGACAAUACCUGAGUGAAACACAUGUUAUGUACACACAUGUCUUUCACGGUGUACUUCUGAACCCAGUAAAAUAUUGAAGACACAAAGUGGUGGCGAUGUAAUUGUGCUUCAGUUUUCAAGUCUCCCGUAUACAGUGACUCGUUUUCUGUCGUGCGUUAUUCUCCCUGGCAAGGCAGACUCUUCUAAUUAACUUCAAAUACUUUCAUCUAUAGAAUUUACACACACAUUAUAUUUGUUACUGUAUCCUUAAUAAUUACAAUAGGAUACAUGAUUUCGGAUUUACUAUUGUCAGUAAUUUCUUCCUGUUAUUAACUUAUUACAUGUAUUAAAUGAUUUAAGAACAAGAUGCACAAUAAAUCAGACUUGAUUAUCUAUAUGUAUCUUGCCAACUACUAAGAUAGUUUUCCAAUAUUUAUCUACACUCGUGCCGACUUAACACUCUUUAGACUCAAUUUAUAUCUUUGAAUAGUAAUCUAAAUAUAUAUGAAUUGUUACGUAUGUGAAACUACCUUUUAAGAAAUACAUUAUAUAUGAUAGCGUAAUGUUGUCGAUCGUCUGUAAGUGUGUUAUGUUGAGGUAGAAACAGGUGAGAACCUUGUGUUUGGAUACAGUUCACACAUGUCUGAAUAUAAACAAUAUAAUGAUUGUUAAUUUCUUUGUUCUUCCUAAUUGACAUUGUUCCUCAAGCCAUAAUGCAGGAGUUGGAAUUAAAGACACAAUCUGCCUUCAUUUAUUGAUAAUUGUUGCGCUAACUAUAGGUGAUGUUGGCUUAUGUGAAACAACACGAUUACACCAGAUGUUUACUUUCAUGACAUAAUCCUGAAGUGGAAUUUUGGUUAAAAUUUGCUAAAGUAAAACGGAAUUCUAUCUUGAUUUAAAUCGAAAGAUAGAGCAAAAAAAUAAAUAAAAAUACGCUUAACUCAAUAAUGUUUUUGGCGCAAAUGAAUUUUUAUCGAGUUAAUUGGAAGGUUCCAAGCUCACAGCUGAAGGCAUAUUGUUGACUUUAUACUCGCAUGGUUAUGUUCCGCCAAUCAGUGGAACUUCAGUAGUUUUCUUAGUUUAACAAAUUUAUUGACAUGGCUUAGAGUACAGUUUGCGUAUUCUGAGUAAUUCAGUCAGGUCUUGACACUAAGGGUGGUAUCACUUCUCACUACCACGCAGGACAGAGGUUCAUACACAAAGAAAUACAUCAUAUUCAUUAACACCGGGGUCGCGUGGUACACCUGCGCAUGCCCAAACCGCCAAGCUUUUGAGGUUGAAUUGGUCAGUCGCAAGAUGUUUACCGUGUGUGUUGGAUGUGUGUCAAAGUGGCCAACCAACUUUUUAUUAACGAAUCCGCUGCCAUCGACAUUUCCAGGCCCAUGGUGUUCUUUCUGCAAAGGUCGUCAAAGUGUCAUAGUGAGGUGUAGACUUAAUAACGUGAAGAUAAACACGUUUGAUUUUGCACGAAGACGCAAAAUUUCAAAGAAAAAAAAUUCUCGUUGUGGCUUCAUAGUUUCUGCAUAUAGGGAGGGUUCAAGGAAUUACCCAAAAGUACCCAAAAGUACAUUAAAUCAGGGUAAAAUCUUAACGAAUAUCUGUUAUACAUACACAAAA